AUAGCAGCCUCGCCAGCCAGCAGCACAGCAGCAGCGGCGGCCGCAGCCCCGGACACAGCCACCGCCACAGCCCCCGAAAGUCGCACCUACGGCAGAGCAUGAGCGCGGCCACUCACUCUCCAAUGGUUCAGAUGGCGGCCAGCAACAGCGGGAGCGGCGGGGAGCGAGAUCCCUUGCCCCCCGGCUGGGAAAUUAAAAUCGACCCACAGACUGGUUGGCCCUUCUUCGUGGAUCACAACAACCGAACCACUACGUGGAACGACCCGCGCGUCACCCCCGAUGGGCCCAAAGAAAAUCAGUCAUCAGCCAACGGCCCAUCUGAGGAGAGUCUUAAACCACCUCCCACAAGGGAGGGCACCUCAGUGUAUCCACAACUUCGUGCUGGCUACAUACCCAUUCCAGUUAUCCACGAAGGAUCUGAAAACCGGCAGCAGCACCCGUUCUAUCAGCAGCCUGGGAUGCAUCGAGUGAAAGCAAAGACCUCUCUGAGAGCUCAGUCACCUCUAAGGUCCUUUUCUCCAUCAGAAUCCCCACUCAGAAGCUCAUCUGAAUCUACCCAGCCAGAAAAAAAGAGUGGAAAGUCAAAAGCAGCAGCCCAGGCUCCAGCAUCUCAAGGACUUGAGAGAUCCCAGUCUCCAGACUCCUCCUCCUCCUCCUCCUCCAGUCUGCCUCCAUCCACUCUCAGGAGCUCCAAAGCCUGCCACCAUCUUCCUCGAGGCUAUAUCCCUAUCCCUGUGAUACAUGAGCAGAAUCACCCCCGACAUCCAUCACAGGCUUACCAUCAGGGCCAUCAUCAGGCCCAGAAGACUCACUAUCCAGCUUCCCAGGGGGUUCAUGCGGAUGAUCGGGAAACCAGGCCUUCCCAUGCACAGUCCCCAUACAAAGUCGUUACCAGGGGCUCAUCCAGCCGGGAAGCAUCUCCAUGCAGAGCUAAUGCAUCUGUGCUUUCCUCCUCUCCUGCCCGAGUGCACACCAUCAUGGAAAGCCCCGAGGUUUCUCCUCAACAGCCAGGGGUCCACCAAGAGUCAACCCCAGUACCCCAACCUGAAAACGACGUGGAAAGUAAGUCAAGCCCUGCUGAACCAGAUCUGUCUUCAGGCUACAUCCCAAUUCAAGUUAUUCACAAGGAAGCUGAUUCUAAAUCAGUUUCCCAGAAGCCUCCACCUCCUCCUGAGAAGGUUGAAGUGAAGGUCUCUUCUGCUCCAGCUCCCACUCCCUCUCCCAUUCCUGAUCCUUCUGCCCCUAGCUCCUCCAAGAUUGUAGAUGCAGAAGAGAGGCCAACCUCCCCCAUUCCUUCCUCUCCUGAACUAGCACCACAGAAGCCAGCUGAUGUGGAAGCAGUCCCCAAACAUCCUGGUGUGAUGAAAGUGGAAGCAAUUCUGGAGAAAGUCCAAGGGCUCGAAGAGGCUGUGAAUUCAUUUGAAGGAAAGAAGACAGACAAAAAAUAUUUGAUGAUUGAAGAGUAUUUGACCAAAGAGCUUCUGGCCUUGGAUUCAGUGGACCCUGAAGGAUGCGCUGAUGUGCGUCAGGCCAGGAGGGAUGGUGUAAGAAAGGUCCAGCAGAUUUUGGAAAAACUUGAACAGAAAGCUGAAGAUGUCCCAGGUCAAGUUCAAGUUUAUGAACUCCAACUGAGCUCCCAAGACAAUGUGAAGCCCCCGCAGGAAACCGUGGCACCCCCUACCACCACAACAACCAAAAGUAAGAAGACAAGGCAUGAAAAGAGCAGAAGGGAACCCAAAACGGAGGCACAGCCCAAAACCAAAGAGAUAGCAGACCCCAGUACAAGCACAAACACAUCGCGUAAUCCAGCAGAACCAUAGCCACCUACCUGUUCUAAAUAAAAAACUAACUUGGACUCGGGAACUUGACCCUGUGUGCUUAAAGAAAUUUUAAGUUGCAUGCAUUUCAGGAAUUUUGCAGUCAUUGGUUAAUAAUAAACAUAGCAGCUUGCAGGGGUGGGGGGGACACAGUAACAGCUUGGGUCAGGGUAGAAAUAGUAAGGAUAAGCACAGAUAGAAUCUAAACACCGAAAAGGCUAGAAUGAAAAUGACGCUUUUCUUCUGUAUUCUUCUCUUGUAUAAAGAAGCUGCUUGUUUCAAAGGUUAGGCCCAUACUUGAGUCAUUCUAGUGCCCUCUGUGUACAAGGGCAUGCAAUGUUAAUCCAUGUGCGGAUUGUCUUCUCAUGUUGCUUCCUUACCUAAAGGGAGCUAGGGGGAGAAAUCACUAUACCACCACUCAAGAAUAACCAACUUUAACUUUCAGCAAGAUGAUUUUUUUUCCUUCUUCUUUUCACCAUUGGACACUUUAAGUCUUGACAGCAGAAAGUGUAUAAGAAAUCAUAGUGUUAUUUAUAUGUGUGGAUAACUUUCAGUGCUCAAUUUUAAGGAUGGAAAAUAAACCAAGAAUAAUUAUAAUAACCAGA